UCGCGCGUGCGCUGUGGUUCUUGGAAAGCAGCUGAAGCCGGACAACGCGGCGGCGGCUCUUCAAAGCGGAGCGCGUUUAGCUACCGUGGUCGCCGCCAUGAGUCGCAACUAUAAUGAUGAGCUGCAGUUCUUGGAAAAAAUCAAUAAAAACUGCUGGAGGAUCAAGAAGGGCUUCGUGCCCAACAUGCAGGUUGAAGGCGUUUUCUAUGUGAAUGAUGCUCUGGAGAAACUGAUGUUUGAGGAAUUAAGGAAUGCCUGUCGAGGUGGUGGUGUUGGUGGCUUCCUGCCAGCCAUGAAACAGAUUGGCAAUGUGGCAGCCCUGCCUGGAAUUGUUCAUCGAUCUAUUGGGCUUCCUGAUGUCCAUUCAGGAUAUGGGUUUGCCAUUGGAAAUAUGGCAGCCUUUGAUAUGAAUGACCCUGAAGCAGUGGUAUCCCCAGGUGGUGUCGGAUUUGACAUCAACUGUGGUGUCCGCUUGCUAAGAACCAAUUUAGAUGAAAGUGAUGUCCAGCCUGUGAAGGAGCAACUUGCCCAAGCUAUGUUUGACCACAUUCCUGUUGGGGUAGGAUCAAAAGGUGUCAUCCCAAUGAAUGCCAAAGACUUGGAGGAGGCCUUGGAGAUGGGGGUGGACUGGUCCUUAAGAGAAGGGUAUGCCUGGGCUGAAGACAAGGAGCACUGUGAGGAGUAUGGAAGGAUGCUGCAAGCUGACCCCAAUAAGGUCUCUCCAAGGGCUAAGAAAAGAGGCCUUCCUCAGUUGGGGACCCUGGGAGCAGGCAACCAUUAUGCAGAAAUCCAGGUUGUGGAUGAGAUUUUCAAUGAGUACGCUGCUAAGAAAAUGGGCAUCGACCAUAAGGGACAGGUGUGUGUGAUGAUCCACAGUGGAAGCAGAGGCCUGGGCCACCAAGUAGCCACAGAUGCUUUGGUAGCUAUGGAGAAGGCCAUGAAGAGAGACAAGAUUAUAGUCAAUGAUCGGCAGUUGGCCUGUGCUCGAAUCGCUUCCCCAGAGGGUCAAGACUACCUGAAGGGAAUGGCAGCAGCUGGGAACUAUGCCUGGGUCAACCGCUCUUCCAUGACCUUCUUAACCCGGCAGGCUUUUGCCAAGGUCUUCAACACAACCCCUGAUGACUUGGACCUCCACGUGAUCUAUGAUGUUUCGCACAACAUUGCCAAAGUGGAGCAGCAUGUGGUGGACGGAAAGGAACGGACACUGUUGGUACACAGGAAGGGAUCCACCCGCGCAUUCCCACCUCACCAUCCACUCAUUGCUGUUGAUUACCAACUCACUGGACAACCAGUGCUCAUCGGUGGCACCAUGGGAACCUGUAGUUAUGUUCUUACUGGCACUGAACAGGGCAUGACUGAGACCUUUGGAACAACCUGUCAUGGAGCGGGCCGUGCAUUGUCCCGAGCAAAAUCUCGACGUAAUUUAGAUUUCCAGGAUGUCUUAGACAAAUUGGCAGAUAUGGGAAUUGCAAUCCGUGUUGCUUCACCCAAACUGGUUAUGGAAGAGGUAAGUGAAAUUUUGAUAAAUAUUCAUUAUUUCCCAUUU